UGGCAGUCGGAGUACCGAGAUCGGUCGUUGCUUGACGAUAACCUCGCGUCGUGACGCCUGUAUCGUCUACGUUCUUUACUCGAAUAAACGACUAGGUAAUAUUAAUUCAUUCAAUGACGAUAGGACAAGUGAAAAUGAUCGAUAUUUAGGAUAGAUCGAAAUAAUUUAUUUUUACUAGGAUAACAGAGAUAGAUCUUCUCGAUCGAUUUGGUAAUUGUGCGGUAUGAUAAUCGCAGGAGGCGUCGCACGCAGCCACUUGCGAUCUGAUAAAAGAGUUGCAAGAGAAUUUUUUUACAAUCUACGUGUUCUAUAUCAGAAGGCAAUUCUGAUAAAGGUUCUAGUUUCUAUCUGAUCGUUUGGGCGAAGCCUCAUCGACGGUAACAAUGAAAAUGGAGGCGGAGCAUAGAUUGGAGCAGUUAAAAAAGGCAACAGACAGAAUACAAAAGGAGAUCGAAGAGGUCACGGAGAGGGAGCACGAACUACGAAACGUGGGUAGCAUUAAAACCACGUCGCACGAGACAGUGGAUUCCAAGGUGAGACGUAUGCCGCAAGCUUUGGCAUCGAAUAAAUUGAAGAGGGCAACAUCAACGCCGCAAAUUCUCGAAGCUGUUAAUCUUGUCCCUUCAACGCAAUCUAUUCUACCAAAAAUGACGAACGGUGUGAUAUCUUCAAAUUCAACAACGAGACCUUUACGUUUUGCUACAGCACCUAGCCAGAAAGGAUUGAUGCAUAGGUUCUUAGCAACAAGAGGAAAGAUUUAUAAAUCUAAUACAACACCUAAUGAUCUUAUAACUUCGUCUAUCACUGUACCUACCAUUGCACUUAAUCCUAUAAGCGUAAAAGCUUUUAAUCGUAGUUUGAAGAUACAACUUGAGCCAGAUGAUGAACCUAAAAAACCUCCUGUUAGGAAGGGUUAUGUACCUGUUGAAGAGAAAAUUCAAAAAGAAUUGCACGAGAUGAAGGAACGAGAAAAUGAACUUAGAUUAAUGCGUUCUCAAAUGUUAGCAAAAUCUCAACCGAAUCUUUUAGACAUCGGUAACGACAAUGAUUCCGAUAUUUACGAUGGUACAGGCUCUUUAAGAAGCGGAGCAUCAUCUAAUACGUUAAACGAAGAUGAAAUAGAAAGAGAAAACAAAGGCAAACAUAAGCCGAAUCCACGACGUCGAAGUACUCUCAUCGCUCAAUGGGAAAGUCUUAUAGCUGCAAAGAAAGAAUCCACUGAAAAUAAUCAUGAAAACGAUAAUGCUUUUUGAAAAAUGAUUUAUCGUUAAUGUUUUUCUAAGGUCUUUUCUGUCCUAUUUGUUCCGUACGUUUGAUAAAUUUAUUAUUUAAUCUCUUUAUAUAUAUUUUUUAGGUAUGUGAUAUACAUACAUAUAUAUAUAUAUGUGUGUGUGUGUAUUUUCUAUGUAUUACUAAGUAAUAAGUUAUAAACGAAUAUUUAUUAAUACAUAAAGACUUGAAUAAAAAUGUAUACAUGCGCACGUGCACAGAUUGCGGUGUAGACGUUGCAUACUGCGGAUAUUAUAAUAAUUUGUAAUAUAUUUUUCCGCUUUUUUAUACAUAACUAUUAGAAUCUUAGGGAAUACUAUCGAUUGAAUAUCUGUUUUUUGUUGUUGAAAAUAACAAAGUACGUUUAAGUUAGUAAUUAAUUAAGAAUUAGUUCUGAAAUAUAUUUUUUUACUAGCAAGAACAAGUAUAUACAAAAUAACUUGUAAUAUUUACUCAACAAAAAGAUACAUAUACAUGUAUACAGUAAUUAGUUGAAAACUACAAAUUAGGUAAGAAAGUAAAUUCAAAUGUAUAUGUGAUCGUAUUAUUGCUAUACGUAUAUAUAACGAUGCUAAUCAAAACUAUUCGUGCAAUCUCUGUUGAUAUGGUGCCGAAUUUCAUACUAAUUUAUUAAGUUAUGUUUUCGAUCUUAUUAUUAUCUAUAUUAAUCUCAUACUUAUUCAAAUAUGCAUACACAUUUAUUUUCGUUUAAUUAAUUCAUAGAAAAUGUUUUGGUUAUUAUAUUCUUUUAAAAAACGUGUUGUUUUUAUGUUAAGAGCAUAGUAUACUUAAGUGUAUACUUUAUAAAUAUAAAUGAUUAUAAUUCUACUUGUUUUAUAAAGAUUUUCUGUAUCUAAUAUAGAUCUCAGUUUAUCAUUUAAAUACUACUUUAUAAAAGAUAGUUAUAAUUGUUUGUAUGAAA